CCUCCUCCCUUUUCGUCGCCGCUCAGUCCCUCCCGUUCCUCCCUCCCUCAUGCUCCCACGUUCCCCUUUGCUGCCUCCGCUGCCGACCGGCUCGCGGCGCACGGCACACUCCCAGUAUGGCGAGCUACCCUAGCCGGUUCGUUGUUUGCUUUUGCGUUGCCACGUUCUGCUUUGCUUUGCUUUUGCCUUGCCUCAUGGCAUUUUUCAUUUUAGAAAGAAGGGAGGGAAACUCGUGUCGAGACCUGAUUAAGGUUAAGUCGAGUUGCGUCGCGUUUGUUUGCUUGCUUUUGUUUCAAUGGAUGAAUGGAUGGAUGCCCGCGAUCGUGCGGCUCCCUCGCGUCAUCUUGCUUCCGCUUCAAGUUUACUUGUUUGUGCAUGCGAGUCGAGGGGAACCUUGAGCUUGAGCUGAGCUUGAGCACGGUUCUCUAAGCGCAACAGCUGA